GGGUUAGCUGCAGCGAGACGAGAUGACUGCUCUGCUUUUUAGAAGUGACAUGGAUUUUUUCGGGCUGAGUAAGGAAAAGCAGAGUUCUCGUCUCCAACCAAGCAGGAAUUUAUUCUUGAAAUAGGCAGUAAAGUUCCAAGAUUAGAAUAGAUUGCUGGAGCUGAUCUCAUCCCCUGCAUGAGUAAUUCUGGGUGGUUAUUUCACAGACUGAGCAGGAGAUUACAAACUCAGAACCUAGCUUUGUUUCUGGAAACUCUUGAGUGAUAAAGAAGCUGGAAUCGCUCCUUCACAGGAUUACCCUGGGAUAUCGAUGUGUAAAUAACCUGCCCUGCUCAAGUCUCCAGACUAUCCCUGUAGCGUGCAGCUCCAGCGAAUUCGCAGUUCCCUGUUUCAAAGCUUUAUUCUGAGUAUUUUUCGAAUGGCAAAUAUCCAACAUUAAUAAUCCACAUAGCAGAACUGGGAGGAGGCUGCUGUGGGGGCAGCAGUAUCACGUUGAACUUCAAACAGUCUUUAGUAGUCAGAACAGUGUACAAUACUGGAGGAAGAGAAGCUGCAGCAAGAAGAACGAAUGAGAAUGGAAUCCAGGCGACAAGUCACAGUAUCCUGGGACUCUGGAGGAUCAGAUGAAGCUCCUCCCAAGCCCAGUAGGCCUGGUUACCCCAGCCCAAGAUCCAGUGAAGGGUUUUAUCCAAGUCCACAGCAUAUGGUACAGCCAAACCAUUACCAGGUGUCUGGCUACCCUGGCUCUCACGGGAUACCAGCCAUGGCAGGCAGCAUUUAUCCUGGGCAGGCUUCUCUCUUGGAUCAAGCAGAUUCCUGGAACCAUAGGCCUCAAGAAAUAUCAGUGUGGCAACCAAACAUGGAGGAUCCGGGCACUUUGGACGUACGAGGAAUGGGCCAGGUUCUACCCACACAUCUUAUGGAGGAGAGAUUGAUACGACAACAACAAGAGAUGGAAGAAGACCAGCGUUGGCUUGAAAAAGAGGAACGAUUCCUG